AUGUCUCCGCCUCCCGUCCCGGUAGAUCAGGUGCAGACUAAGCGCAUGGUUCAAAGGCAAGCCUCUUCCGGUUCUCUUUCCAACUCAGCCCGGGGUCGAGGAAGAGGUGGUCUGCAACGGCAGAGCAGUUCCGGGUCUAUGACUGAGAGGACAUUCAGGACGCCGUCGCCGUCGCCGUCGCGCCCAGUAUCACGAUCAGAACCGCCGGCGCCGCCGAUUCCGACCAUUCCGCAACACUUUGCGCCCCCUGCGACCGCCCCAAUCAAGAAGAAAAAGAAAAGAGCAUCCAGCCAAGAAGCCCCUCCACCUCGCGACCUCUCACCCUCCUUAGUGCGACCGAACAAUCGUGGCCAGAGUUUGGAUAGAUACGGAUCGUCUCAGCCGCCGGCGCCGCCAGCGAGUGCUCCGAGGAACAGCUACGUCCCACAGAGCAAUGACCUUGAACGUACUGACAGUCGGAAUUCGGUCAAUUUCUCUAGACCCUUGUCACCCCGAUCUCCGUCACCUAUGGCACAGCCCUCGGUUGCGCAAUCGCCAGUACUCGCGAAUGGCGAUCGUAUGAAUGGCAAUGCGAAACCAAGUGCCGUCGCUGCGGUUAUCUCACCAGUGCAAGCUGCAAGCAUCCAGCAUGAUCUGGCUCAAACCGCAAACCAGCCGGUCAAAAAGAAGAAAAAGAAGAUAGCGGGCGGCACAGUCGAGGGCAUUCAUUUACAAUCUGGGACGAUGGCAAGCCACCCGGUCGUUACUCCAUUCGAACCCGACCCAGAGCGCCAACAGCCAUCCUUGUCAGAGGAUCAGCCGCCUGGCAGGAGAACGAAGAAAAGAGCCGCGGUUUCCGGAGAAAAUACGCAUUUUUCUGUGGCCGAGAGUCCGAGAUCAGACUCCGAUUCGGAUUCGAAUGUUGAGCGGAAGAGAGAGAAAAGGACUCAAAGGGCGUCGGGUAUUCUGCAAAAACAGCCAUCUAUUGUGCGAGAGGAUUGGGAAGGGGAACAGCAGGAGCAGGGCACUCCUCCUCAAGACCGUCCAUUGAUGGAUCCGCGGGCGCAAGACGGGCCAACCCUCACGCAAGACAAGCACCCUAUAAAUGCGGCAAAUGUAUCGAGGAAGAUUGGGGAACCAGUUCCAUUGCCGACGACAACGGACCGGCCGCGCUCCCCUGAGCAAUCUGCAUCCGCUGCACCUGCCGCAGAAGAUUCGCCGGCAGUUUCCAUGAACCACCUUCAAGCGUCCGGACCUCAGCCUACAAGGGGCACGUCUUUGAGCCCGUCGAGAUCAACAAGAUUCUCAGAUAGACUAUCUUCAGACCUUGCUGCUGGUCGGAAACACGAACCUCCCCCAAGAUCGAUCUCACCGGCCAAACCAGCACUCAAGCACUCUUCUCCCGCGCCAUCAGCGGCCGACGGACAAGUUCGGGGUUCUAGUGUCACUCCGAGCGAGUCGUCUGAUAUAUCCAGUGCGUCCUUUGAUGGGCCUCCAAGACGAAAGAAGUCAGUGCGAGUGAGCUUCGAUGCUCAACCAGAAAUCGUCGGUACACCUGUCAAUGAUUCAAGCCCGGUCGGAAGCCCAGGCAAGGAAAGAAAAAGCUGGCUUGGGCUGGGAAAAAAUAAGCCGCCCCUCAACACCAUUCCCUCGAACGGCGACAUGGAAGAGUUGAUGAAGCCACGUCCUCAACUUCCAUCCUUUGGCAGCGUUCGCGGGCAAAAGUUUAAAGACACGAACGACUCAAAUACAGCUCAAACACCGAGGUCACCCGCCGAAACUCGCUCUCCCCUUACAGACGCUAAGAUCCUGUCUCAUUCAGGGUCGUCUUCUGAGGCGUCCAGCGCCCAUAUUGCUCACACAACAGGUGUGUCAAGCGACCACGCUGUGGGCGCAUUAUUAGCCCAAGAAGCCCAAACAGCCGCACGCCGGAAUGCUCAAAGUCAGUCAAAUGAGCCUCUUCCUCCAGAGGUAAGGUCCGUUGAGGGCGUGUUGUCAUACUCAGACGAGGAAAGUGAUGCAUCUGAGGCUGACGCGACCAUGAGCAUCACACCGACACCAGCACCACGCGAGGUGUCGGUCCCUACGAUGCAAAAGGCAACUCCGGCGUUGACCAUCAAUCAACAAGUAACAGCGCCUGUUCAGCCUGUCACUCCUCAGCGUGCGCAGACUGUCCAGCCGCCCCAGACAGAAGUUCCCGUUGUGGCUGUCUCGCCACCCACUCCCGGAGAGGAGCAUGGGCCACGUGACCAAUACCUUGUUGUGGUGCCCGGAGGCUUUCCAGUAUCAGCGGAAAGUCUCGCUAAGCUCGAUGAGUCCAACAGAGAUCCACAAGGCCGAAAAGCAGCCGCAGAAGAGAGCGAUGAAGACGUGUCGGAUAAUGACAGUAUCUAUAGUGAUGCAGCAGAGGAUCCUUCGGAGAUGGAACGGAUGGGCUUCGCUUCUAUCGAUGCCAUCCUGGAAAGUCCCGUCGCUCCUCCACCGAGGCAUGAUAUUCCUCCACCAGAAAGUCCGUUGGCGCAUGUUCCAGCUCCUGUUGGAAGGCCCUUGCCGAGCGAGUCUUGGGAAGAGACACGGGCGCGGUGGAGUGGAAUUGCGCAUCAGACACGACAGGGACCAUCUCAGGAGGUUACUGGAGUAGAUAAACCAGUGCUGGCGGCGUCUGUUCCCAUUGUGCAGUCGACACCGCAGGUUGCAUCUGGGCAAAUGUCUGAAAGAGCAAAUCCGCCUAAUGCGACGAGUGUCUACGAUCAGGUAUCGCAGCCCGCCCAGGCCUCACGCUCCGCACAAUCACCGGCUUUGCAGCCUGCUGCGAAACAACCCAGGCGCAAGAAGAAAACACCUGCUGCUAUCGCUGCCGCCGCUUCUGUGCCAGCUGCGUCUGCGGUUGCGCAGGGGCUACCGGAUUCGCCUCUCCGGCAGAAGAAUCAGAGUUCUCCCUAUCCCGCUGUUGCCACACCGAGUCUUGGGCAUACUGCCGCCGCGGCUGCACCGUUCCGGCACUCGAUGAGAGCAAGCUCACCUCCAGAGGUCGAACCUGGCUUUCGGAGAACCAUGCGCAACGAAUCCCGCAAGUCUAUGCCUGCCCCAGCCAGUGCGGUACCACAGCAACGAACUGCACCACCCGCAGUGAUAACCCCGCCAAGCCAACCACGCGCCGCCUUGCAAAAGAAACAUAUACCUCUCGCCACAGCUGCUGCAGUGCAGGCACCUAUCCCUUGGCCCAAGCCUGCACCACAACGCGUGACAAAUGAUAGUGACUCGGAAAGUUCAUUCAGGAAGGCUCGUCGCAGUAAAUCCACGUCGGGUGGCAAGUACACGAUGCGUCGAAGCAUGCGUGGUGCAGCUGAUCCAACCUUGCGUGGUGACACUCGCAACGGCGCACGAUCAGUCUCACCUGUCGGAAGGCGACCAUUCUCUCCGCCAGAUAGUUCUCGUCCCAUGAGGACAACUCUAAGAGCUUCCAUUGACAACACCCCAACCCUCCGUGGCUCGGCCGAAACCAGAAGAAGUUCCUCGAUGCUUGGCCGCCAACAAAGAAGCAACCCUCCGCUUCCCACAGCCUUCAAGCAGAACAAUAGGUCUCGUAUCCUUGAUUCGGACGACUCAGACGACGAGCCUCGCCCUAGUAAAUUCCGCUCGCGGUUUGACGACGACAGCGACGACGAGGUAGAGGUUCCGCAAUUCGCUCCGGUACGUGGUAUUCCUCGGAGGAACAAUGAUGACGAAUCGACCGACUUGGAUGAUAGCUCAGAGGAGGAUCAGCCUACGCCGGCAGCUAAAACUCCACCCAAACUCCAGGUCCCUCAAGGCCAUGGAUCCGCGCCUGCCAGCAGUACCGAAGCUUUAUCGCCCAAUAGUGAGAAAAAGCGCGGAUUGCUUGGAUUAUUCCGCAGCAAGAAGCCCAAGGAUGAGGCCCUCUCGCCAGUCGCUGAAUCCCCGCAAGCCUCGACCCUGCCGAAAACACCCACGGACACAAGCAAACCGUCAAGACUGGGUUUCUCCUCUGCUGCGGAGCGUGACAGGAUGAUCGAGCAGACCAGGGCUAAGCUGGAAGCCGCAAAAGAACAAGAACACCCGGGUGGCCAUCAGCACGGACAUGCUAAACUACAACGGCGUCAUAUGCCAGAGCGGGUCAUGAGCGACUCCUGGCCUUUACCGUCGACCUUGGCCGAUGAAAAGCCUCGGCCUACCACCGCCGAUGGACCGCCAACGCGAAAUGGCACGACGAGGCUGAACCAAGGAAGCAUGCGCAAUACGAGCCAGUCCGGGGAGGCGAUUGGACGCAGUGGGAAGAAGAAAAAGUUUCCUAUGUUGCGCAAAGUCUUCGGACUUACAGACUAA